GUGAUCCCUGAGAACAGAGAGAGUGUGUCUGAAUCCUCGAGGAGGACUACAAAGCUAAACCUCAAAACACUGUGAAAAACAUCUUCACUCUCAUUGCUUUCAAUCCAUCUGGUGUCAUCAUGGCUGGUCCCCCACCAGUUGAACAGACAUUACGUCACAGUGCCCUUGUCCUCCUCCUGCUGAGUGUGAGUGGUAGCCUGGGCCAGAAGGACUGUACAGGUGUAGACUGCCCUGAUCUGAGUAACUGUAUUGAGGAGCGGCUGGAAGCUGGGGCUUGCUGUACUACCUGCGUUCAGACUGGGUGUACCUGUGAGGGCUACCAGUACUACGACUGUGUCCAUGCUGGCUUUAAGAAUGGUGAUGUUCCCGAGGGGCAGUCCUACUUGGUGGACUUCGGGAGUACGGAGUGUUCGUGCCCGGAAGGUGGCGGACGGAUUGGCUGUCACUUCAUGCCCUGUCCUGACGUCCCUGCUAACUGCAUCGAGGUGUCUGAGCCGGCUGAUGGCUGUGUCACCUGCGAACGUAUCGGCUGUGUCCAUGACAACCAGAAGUACGAGGCCGGACACUCCUUUCACCUUGUUGCCUGUGAGGCGUGCCACUGUCCGUCCGACGGAGGUCAGCUGAUGUGCUACCCUGUCCCAGGCUGUGAUCCCAGCAACCCCGGUGACCCCCACAAACCUAUGCUGGCCACCAUACAGGAGGGUCACCCUACAUAUCCCCCUAUCCAUCCCUACCUCACACAGGACAAACUGAGAGAGACGGAGAGAGACGGACAUGCUAAACCACUCUUUAACACACAGGAGACACAGGCUAUAGGAUUACCCCCCUACAACCGUCCUCCAUACCCUUUCAACAGGCCAAAACUACCACCAUCCAACAGCCCACACCUCCCCCCGUUCCCGAUCGAUGCCCCUAUUCCCUCAGACCACCUGCCCCUGUUCAAACCAGACCACAUGACUGAGGAUGGGGACUAUGACUACCCUACUACAGACGCAUUAGAACCACCUGUGAAUGAUCUGGCCUACCCUACACCGUCCUCCUCUGUCAUCUCUGUCUCCUACCCUGGGACAGGGGCUACACAGCCGCGCCACGACAGGGGUAAUAGUAAGAGCUAUGAUAAGCCUUAUGAUUGGGCUGAUAACAGCUAUGGUAACAAAGAAUAUGAUAGUAGAGAUAGGCAGGAGCUGAGGGAGAUCUAUGGAGUCCAUGAGCCAACCACAGAGAGUAUGGUUACAGACAGAGUAGGACUGAGAGACAGGCUAGGGCAGACAGACAGAUCUACAGAGACAGACAGAUCUCAGCAUAUAGGUAGGGUGAAGCUGACAGACAGGCUAAAGAAAACAGACAGGUUGAUGACAUUUGGACUUUACAAGGCCACCACAGAUGGGUUCGGAGAGACAGGCAGCCCAGUUACUGACAGCCCAGUGACAGGAGAACAGACCACUUCUAGCCAGCUUGAAGACACCACAGUAGAGACCACCUCCCGCAGUACCAGUUCCAGCCACCAGGAAACCACCUCGAACUGGAACAGACUCUCAGAGAGCCAGAUUUACCCUCACUCUCAAGGGGCCAGUGCUGGGGACACACUGGAGAUCUGGGAUAGAGGGAUGGAGGAGGAGCAGGAGGAAGAGGAGAGAGUAGAUUCAUUGGAGAAUACCACAGGACCUGGGUGGAGAGAUGUGUCUUAUGAUGGAGAUUUGGAUAAACAGAGGAGGAGAGGAGGAGAGGAGGAGAGAGAGAAGAGUACCCCUAGCAACCAUGUGAAGGAUGCAGGUGUCAGAGAACCUGGAAGUCACCAGGACAACACUACAGUAGACAGUACUACAUCCCCCAGAAGGAAUCGGGACCACAUCACCCACAGGAAGCCUCACCAACACACCCUGACCCAGAAGCCUAAGCCUCACAAUACUACCCCUAGGGAGUAUGAGGUCGUCACAGACAGAACUACGUCUCCCAGACUGCUUGACCACAACACAGAUAGAACUACAUUUCCCAGAUUGCCUGACCACCACACCUUGACCAGGAAGCCUGACCACUACACAACCCCCAAGGAGUUUGAGGUCCACACAGACAGACCUAUAUAUCCCAGACUGCCUGACCACCACACAGUCAAAACUUCAACUCCAAGAGAGCUUGAUGUCAACACUGACAGAACUACAAUCCCAAGACAAGCUGAGCACCACAGCCUCAACAGACAGCCUGAUCACCAUACCCUGACCAGGAAGCCUGACCCCUAUGCAGUCAGAACUACAACUCCCAGAGAGCUGAACCACCACACAACCCACAGACAGCCUGAUCACUAUACCCUGACCAGACACCCUGAUCCCCAUCACCCAGCUCCCAAGGACCCAGAGCAGCAACAUACUCCUCCCAGGGUGAGAUUCAGCCCAACCAGCCAGCCUUCUCUCAGGGUAUCAGCUGAUCUAGGUCACCACGGAAGUGAGCCUCUCCAUAAGCAGUCCCAGACACUAUUCAACCUGCAGAACAAUGAUGCGGAGGAGCAUGAGAAGGAGGAGGAGGAGAGGGGAUAUGUUCCAGUCUUUCUCCCAAAAACUCAGGAGGGUGGUCCUGGUCCGUCUUCUCUCUAUGUGGUGGAGAGCUGCUGUGAGGUGGGCCAGAGAUGGGCGUCAGAGAACCAACACUGUAACAACAUGCCGUUGUUGAAGGACGAUAAACACUCUGUCUGCAGUAUAUCCCAGCAGCAGUGUUGUCAGAAUGUUCUAAAGGAGGCCAGGUGUCUGGCAGGUAUCACUGCUGCUAAAGGAGGAGACAGGUGUGAGGUCAACCAGGAGAGCCAGUGUGCUGCAGACUCUUACCAGGCAAGACACACACACACACACAGAGACAGGCAUGCACACACACUCAAUCGCCCAUUCUCAACUGGUUCUGUGUGUGUGUGUCAGAAUCACUGUAUCAAUGAAGGAUAGAUUGUCCUAAUGCUAUAGACUUAAUACUACAAUACUGUAAGAAUGUUAAACAGUCUGUUAUACAGACAAA